AUGUCAUACGUAAUACAUAAUACGAAUGUCACAGCGGUGAGAUGAUUCAAUCAAAUGCAGUUGACAAACAAGCUGGAGUGUUUCGAGUUCCUGACAAAAGGAAAAUUGAUUUGCGAAGAGCAAAGUAAAAUCACUGCAUUUGCAGAGCUUAGGAUCACUCUCCUCCAGCGCGUAAUUGAAGUGUUUUAAAAUGAGAUAACCAAUCAUCCAACAGCCGACACAAAUAAUAAGGGACAUGUAAAAUCAUACACGCGAGCGAAGCAAAAUUUUUAUUACGUCUUAAGAAAAAUUGUUUUACGUCGAAAUGGAAAAAACGAUCAAUGUGAAUUCAAUGGAGAUGCGAAAUACCUUGGGAUUGAUUACUAUGUUGCUGCUUUUCGAUGCUGCGACUUCGAUAUUGUCCUCUUCAGCAUUUUCCCCGAUUGUCAUCCAGGCUAAAUACGAACGAAGUUAUCAAAGAACAACAAAUGCUACUGUUGAAUAUGUGUUUUUGUAUCCUGCCGCUAAUAUAUCUCUGGAAACUGCAAAGAUAGAGAUAGAAAGUAACGCGACGCACAAUUUGCCAUUGACAGUAAUAGUGCGUCAAACGAUAGGUAUCCUAUCUUGGCAGAUACCCUUACUAGUCAAUGGUGCAGAUUCUGUAGUAUAUAAUAAGACUAGUCGAAUCUUAUGCUCAACGAAAUACUAUCGAUACGCACCAAAGGAUGAAGAGGAAUAUAUCAAUGUUGCUAUCUCUACAGCCAGUCAUGAAAAUGUCUUCUUUAAUCUUAGUGUAGUGAAAGUAGAGGACUUUUAUUUAAGUCCAGGAAAUAAGAAGGUAGUAGAAAUCUCUCCAUCUGAGCCCAUAUAUUAUGGUUACAUCUCGAAACAAGCUAAUUCUUCCGUUAUUGUUCGCGUCGAAUCGGAUAAUGAUAUCUGCAUGACUGUGUCUAUACAAAAUACAUCGUGUCCCGUGUUUGAUUUAGAGCGAAAUAUUGAACUUUCUGGACAUUGGCAGACCGUAAGCAGAAGAGGAGGUAUUACAGUACCAAGAGAGGCUUAUCCUUCGGGAUUCUUCGUCGUGCUUGUCGUCAAAGGAGAAGACACAGAGUGUAAUGGGAUAUCCGAGAGUAGUCCUCUUCGUACGAAAAACGUUACAUUAAUUAUAAAUCCUACCAUCAGCAAACAAGAUUAUAUCGUUGCAACGGCAUCAGCAGGAGCGAUUGCAUUGUGUUUUUGUAUCUUUUACAUAACGGCUGUGAUAAUGUUCAAUAUUAGAAAGAGCAGAGAGCUUAUACAAGAGUCAAUAAAUGAACAAAACCAGGAUAUCAACGAUUAUGUACCGAGUCCCUCAAUGACAAGAGAGGUCACAUCUAAGCAAUGGGACUCUGUGGAGGAAGAUUCAUCCCUAGAUGAGGAUGACAUAGAUCUAAUGGAAGAUGCUCUCUUUGACAAGGAUGUAAUACGAACAAAGAUUGUUCUCUCAGUUUGCGAUCUCGCUCGCAAAGAACCGCGGAUAUUGCGGCACAAAUCUCGCUUAUAUCUGUAUUAUUUGAUAACUGUGGCAGUAUUCUACACGUUGCCAGUUGUCCAAUUGGCAAUAACAUAUCAGCGUGUGCUUCACACGACCGGCAAUCAAGAUAUGUGUUACUAUAAUUUUCUAUGUGCCCAUCCGCUGGGUCUGUUAUCCGAUUUCAAUCAUGUAUUCUCAAAUUUUGGGUAUUUUCUUCUGGGUUUACUAUUUAUAUUUCUAACUUAUUCUCGAGAACGCAUGUCGGAUGCGGAUAUGACGAAAUGUUAUGGCAUACCGCAGCAUUAUGGUCUGUUUUAUGCAAUGGGUACGGCAUUGAUAAUGGAAGGCAUAUUGUCGGCGAGUUAUCACGUGUGCCCUAGUCGUAGUAAUUUUCAAUUUGAUACUAGUUUUAUGUACAUAAUAGCGGUGCUUUGCAUGCUUAAGAUCUAUCAGAAUCGUCAUCCUGAUAUAAAUGCCAGGGCACCGGUGACAUUUGGGAUUUUGGCGCUUAUAAUAUUCAUAGGAUUAAUCGGAGUUUUAAAUGGUUCCACGUAUUUCUGGGUGAUAUUCAGCAUCUUGCAUUUACUCAUAUGCUUUAUUCUAACUGUACAGAUAUAUUACAUGGGACGAUGCAAAUUCAACAGAGGCGUUUUUAACAGAGUAAUACAAACAUUCAAACAUGACGCACGUUGCGGUAUAUGGCAUUUACUCCGGCCGCUCUAUCCCGCCAGAUUUAUAAUGCUCGUGUUAGCGAAUUUAUGCAACGUGGGACUCGCGGUAUUCGGAAAUAUGUAUCACGAGGGAAAUUUCGCAACGUUUUUACUAGCUAUACUAAUGUCUAAUUUGAUUUUAUACACCUUUUUUUACAUAGUAAUGAAGCUCUGCCAUAGAGAACGGAUUCUUCUUACGCCUGGGAUGUACAUUGUCUUGUCCAUGCUAUUUUGGGGAGCAGCUCUGUACUUUUUCGUGAAUAAGACUAUAUCCUGGGCUCUUACCCCAGCACAAUCCCGUUUAUAUAAUAAACCGUGCGAAUUAUUGAAUUUUUUCGAUUCUCACGAUAUCUGGCACUUUCUUUCAGCAUUAGCAAUGUUUUUUUCCUUCAUGGUAUUACUUACUUUGGACGACGAUUUAACAGAUGUACAUCGUAGCCAAAUACCUGUUUUUUGAAGAUCUCUCUUUUAUAUGAAUUUAAAUUAUAUGUAUUUUAUACAACUUCUUUUUACAAAGCUGAUCAAAUAUAUACAAUGUAUAGUUUACUUGGAUAAUAUUACCAAAAAUUGUAUAAAGCAUAUAAAAAACUUUCUCUCUUGUGAUAGAAACGCGCUAUUAUUGUCUGCACGAAAGGAUCGCGCAUCGUGAAGUAACUUCGGAAGUAACUUAUGUAAAUGUAACUUAUAUAAAUGGAUAUGAAAUUAUAUAUAAGUUUUCCUAGUUAUAACUAAAGUAUAUAACAAGUUUUAAAAUUGAAAUUCUUUGAUGACAUUUUUUUAAGAGAUAUGGUUGAAUUUAAAAAAAAAAACUAUAUACAUCUUUCGCGCGAAAAAAAAUAUUAAUGUUAUAUUAUGCGCUCUUGUGGUACAUAUUAUGAAACAACAUAAGUAUAUUGUUUGUAAGAUAUAAUCGCGUUUCUUUUGAAAAAUAUAUGUGUAUGUGUGUGUAUUUGUAUGUAUGAGUUCGUGCACAUGGAUGUAAUUAUAUACAAAAUGCAGUACUUUUUAGUAACGCAUGUUCUUCCAUGUAUGUAAAUGUAGAAUAUCAAAUUAAGAAAAGUAGUGUCUUAUCAUCAAAAUGUUAUCAGGGA